UCAGUGGUCGGGACAGAUGGCGGACUCACAGAGAACAUCUGAACCUCUUAACUUUGUCCAUCAGGAUGAAAUCUGGAAAGCACAUGUGAAAAUGGAGAAGGAUGCAGCAAAUGUCUGGCCCAACAAGUGGGGAUUCCUGACCGAGACCUACAAAGAGUACGAGAGUGAGAGUGUGAAACUGAAGGAGGGGGGAAGAGAGGAGCUUCUACAUCACCUGAAACCACCUGUGACAACUCAAGAAAAAGACAACAAGGUUGGCCCGUCUCCUACUGUCCCUCGGACGACUCAGGCUCUGAUUGGCUGGCGUUCGGCUCACCCAGAUCUUCAACUCGAAAAGUUUGGCGUGGUGCAUCAUGGGAGGCGUAGUUUUCUGAAGGAGCUUGGCUGGCCGCUCAACGCUUGCAUCUGACAGGAAGCCACAAAUCUUUGUGGUUUGCCAAACAUACAUUCUUUGUGUUCAUAUGAAUUAACCCCUAUACUUCACUAUGAUUUUAUAGCUGCAUUAUAGUGAAUCGAAUAUUUGGUACCUAGCAUUUAUCACUUUAUUAUAACAGAUUUUCAAUAAAUAUGGGAGAUUUCAAAUGUGGAUUAAUUCUUAUGUUUGACCUUUAUCAAAUCAGUUUAAUAAAGU